AUGAUUUCUAGAGAUAAUGAGUUGUACUUGUACCAUCUGACGUUGCAGAAACAGUCGAACUUCGUGCACUCCUGCAUUGGUCAAUUCGUGGAUGUGGACGCAGGGUCCAAGCGUGGGCAGUCGCAGUUGUGUGUGGCUACUGAGACGCAUUUGGAACUUUACGAUACCGCAGAAGGAGAACUGAAACUUCUUGCCAAGUUCCAGAAUCUAUUCACAACGAUAACUUCGAUGAGGUCAUUGGACUUGCCGCAUGCUGGGUCCAGAGCAAAACCCUCCAACUGGCCCACUUUCCUGGUGUUGACUUCUGAUUCUGGUAAUCUAACGAUUGUGCAGAUCACUAGACAUGCGGAUGUAUUUAAAUUGAAGACUUUGGUGAACCAACCGUUGACUAGGACCACCCUUCGGAGGGUGUCUCCCAUAUCUUACAUGGAAAUUGACCCUGAUGGGCGUUGUAUAAUUGUUUCGUCUGUAGAACAGAAUAAGUUGUGUUUCCUUGUUGAUUUUGCACGAGAGCUAAGGAUCUCAUCGCCCCUGGAGAUCAUCAGGCCCCACAUGGUGACGUUGGAUAUGACCGUUUGCGAUGUAAAUUUUAAUAAUCCAUGUUUUAUUACUUUGGAAAUGGACAAUGAGGCCAGUCAACUUUCAGUGCGUUUGAUAUUCUAUGUCCUUGAAUUGGGUUUGAAUCAUAUCAUCAAAAAGGCAGAUUAUUCCGUUAACCCAUCGGCUAACUUCAUCCUGAGCUUACCGGAUUUGUCACGGUACAAUAUAACAACUUCUCUGAACGAUAACAAUUACAACACCGACGACGAUUCCCUGUUCAAUCCUUUUGUCGUCAUUGGCUUUGAAAACCACAUACUGAUUAAGGAUAUGAACGGAUUUUUCAGCUUGAAAGUGGAAAUACCUCAAAGGGCCACUAAAAAUAACCGCCAGGGAGGCGUAACAAUCAUUUCAGGCAUAGUACAAAGGCUGAAGAAUGAAUUUUUCGUCCUCUUACAAUCCAAUCAUGGUGACCUUUUCAAGUUGACUGUAAUCCCGGACACUACUGAUAGAAAUAGACCUUUAGUUCAAUUGUCCUAUUUCGAUACAAUCCAGAACUCACAUCAAUUACACAUUUUUAAAAGUGGUUACCUUUUUGCACUAUCCGAAUUGAACAACAACUGCCUUUUUCAGUUCGAAAAAUUGGGUCUGGAGAAUGAUCCUUCCAAGGUUUUAUCCUCAAAAAAUCCUAAUGAAUCACUGGUUUUCGAACCAUCCGCCAACUUACAGAAUCUAAGUAUUUUAUCGCAACAGUUAAAUUUGAAUCCGUCGAUCAAAUCUCAAAUUUUGAACGAUACGCCUUUAUCUAUUGUAACUAAACAUUUUACGAACAGUAAGACGAUAACUUUAACAAAUGCUGUGAAGUAUUCCAAUUUGAUAUCUACCAAUUUACCACCCAAUGCAACUAAAUUAUGGCUAAUAGCCAAUCCUGCAGCAACUGGCGAAAACAAUACCCUUUUGUUUAUAGCUUUUCCUAAAAAGACUAUGAUAUUACAAAUCGACAAUGAGUCUAUGGAAGAGCUGACCCCUGAUGAAGUUUCACGUUCAACUUUCAAGCUUUUUCAAGAUACGACAAUUCAUACCUGUCUGAUGGGUUCACAUUCUGUUAUCCAGGUAUGCACUGCAGAAUUAAGGCAUAUUGUGUCGAGUGGUAAAUCUAAGUUUUCUAAUAAGCUAACCUGGGUGCCCCCAGCGGGUAUUCGUAUCGUGUGUGCCACAUCUUCGAAGACUCAACUGAUAAUAUCAUUAUCAAAUUACGAAUUAGUUUAUUUCAAGAUAGAUGUGUCUUCGGAUUCAUUGAUUGAACUGACUACUCACCCAGAACUGGACACGAUGCCUUCCAAACUUGCCAUCGUGCAGGAUACGCAGCAUACUGAUUUAUUAGCCAUUGCUGAUAACGAAGGUAUGAUCAAAAUAAUGUCUCUUAGAGACCAAAAGGAAGAUUUUUUGACAAUACUAAGUUUACAAUCGAUCAAUGAAAAAAUCUCCGACAUGAUCAUGGUUAGAGAUCUUACGACAAGGUUACUAAAUCUGCAUGUUGGUUUAGCAAAUGGUGUCUACAUGAGAUUCCACAUACAAGAUGUGGAUGGAUCAUUUACUGGCAUCAAAAAGCGAUUUAUUGGGUUGAAACCCGUUGUGCUGUCAUAUUUGAAUAAGGUAUCCAUGUCACUAAAUGAAGAGGAAGCGGAAGAAAAAGAGGAAGAUGACGAUGAUAUUGAAAAUAAAUGGAUUUCAUGCGUAGUUUGUCAUUCUUCUUCCACGUGGGUAAGCUACACCUGGAAUAAUAUGUGGUUUAUCCGACCAUUGAAAGAUCAGGACAUGCUAUGUUGCUCGAAAUUUGUUAAUGCUGACGUAGAAAUAAACGGUGUCUGCUCUAUCUCGAAUUCAGGUCACUUGAAUAUUGGUCAAAUUUCCGAUUUUCCAACGCUGGAUAAUUGGUUUCACGUGGAUGAAUCAAGUAUCGAGAUGCAGGAAAAUGGAAAUGGAAAUGAAGUCAAUAAAGAAAAUGAAGAAGAAGAAGAUGAUGAAGAAGAAGAAGAAGAAGAGGAAGUAUUACAAAUAUCCUCAUUUCGACCACGUAGUAUCCUAUCAUUUCCCGGUAAGCCGAAACAUUUCCUCUUUGUCGAAAAUCACACUGACAAAUUACAAUGUCGUGUAUCAUUAAAAGCUAAUGGCGCAUACUUGAAGUGCCACAAUUCAGAUUGUUUAUUCAAAAUAAUCGAGAACGUGCACUGUAUCUCUGCAACUAUAAUGGAUUUCACGAAGCAGAUUGACCAUCUCGUAAUAUGCAGUGAAGAUAAAAGGCUGCUCACAUUUCGAAUACUAGUCAGUAAAGACAAAUCAUUUUUCGAUAUUGAGUUAUUACAUGAGACAGAAAUUAUUUCACCAAUACAUUCGAUGUUGAAGUUUAAGAAUUUUUUAUUAGCGGCCAUAGAUUCUACAAUUGUUCUUUAUGGCCUUGGGAAAAAGCAGUUAUUGAGAAAAUCCGUGACGCAAACUCCGGCGUCAAUAACCAAAAUUGUAUCCAUGGAUCAGUGGAAUUAUGAAAGGUUGGCUGUUGGGGAUAUACACGAAUCUGUCACGCUAUUUAUUUGGGACUCCGCAGGGAAUGUUUUUAUUCCAUUGGUAGAUGAUUCAGUAAAACGCCAUGUCACAACUUUGAAAUUUUUAGAUGAGGCAACAAUCAUAGGUGCUGACAAGUUCGGAAAUGCCUGGACUUUGAGAUGCCCACUAGAGUGCGAGAAUAUCAUAUCAAAUCAUGACCCCAGCGAAUUAUCAGAUGGCACCAUUAACUAUCCAUUGCAUCUAAUCAUUUUACAGCAAAAAUUACCCAACACCUAUGAUUGCAAGUUCAAAUUUCAGUUAUUGAACCACUUCUUCGUUAAUGAUAUCAUCACAGAUAUUCAUAUCCUGGACAGCAUUUCAAGUUCUGAUAGACCUGGUUGUAUCUAUAUCGGUCUGCAAGGCACUAUUGGUUGUUUCAUCCCCUUAUUAUCCAAGGGGAACGUCCUGACAAUGACAAAGAUCGAAAAUAUAAUGGCAGAUGCGGAUGAUAUAUUUUAUUUAGAGUACGAAUUAAGGAGAAAAAGUAACAAUACAAGUAAAGAAGAUGACGAAGAGGGAUCUGCUGGUGUCGUGUUACAUGGACGGCGGGACAUGAUUAAUGGAACAAUAUGCGAAGGGUCCUAUUCCAUUGUGGGAAGAGAUCAUCAGAGCUAUAGAAGUUAUUAUGUUCCCGUACGCAAAGUUAUUGAUGGUGAUCUAUGUGAAAACUUCUUGAGACUUUCGGUAAAUGAACAAGAAUUUUUGGCCAAAGAUCUGAAAAACACUCAAGUCGACGAUAUAAUUCAAAGGAUAAAUGAGGUUAGAACAAACUAUCUAUAA